GCUCCGAGGAGAGAGACGCACUGGCCUCUGUGGAGAGCCCCAAUCCGGCCCCGUUCGUGUCCUUUCCUGCUCCCCCGUCGUCUCCGGUCCUCUGAUCUUUCCAAAACGGACCGAGGCUGGAGUGGAGAAAAGGCGAGGUGCUUCUCCUCUGUCCCGUCGCGCAACGCCCAGCAGACGUCUCCGUUGCUGGACCCCUGACCCUCGACACGGGCUAAAAGUCGCCAAGGAGGCGGCCAAAGAGGAGACGGCAGCGAGCGCGACGGGUUGUGGCAUCAUGGAGACAGCGCAGCGCCUAGCGGUGCUCCUUCUGGCCUCGGGCGCGGCGAUGCUGGGGGCAAGCCCAGUGAAUGUUCCGGACUGCAUCCUUGAGCCAGUCAGAAAGGACCAGGAUAUCAAAAUCUUCUACACGACCAGCAAGGUUGCAAGCGGAUGCGUGAGCCGCGGUCCUCCAAACACCGACCUGGCCGUCCACGUCCUCAACUUGAGGUACAGCGUAUCUGAGUUCUACAAUAUCCAGUUCAAUGUAAGCACAGCAGAAGCAAAAGGAAACCAGAAGAUGGUGUUUGUGGUGAGCUCUGAUGCCAACCUCUUUUUGGAUAUCAAUACAGACGAUUGCUCCCAGCCUGACUGCCACCUUACCUUCAUAACUAACCAAGCUACCAUCCGAUGGAGCAAUAGAGCAACCAAUGCAACCGUGCUGCCUUUCUCCAGUGAGGAACUCCUGGAUUGGGCCCGAGCGACGUUUGGGGGCGUCUCUUCCUUUACCGAUUUGGAAAACCCGGAGUGGAUCCACUUUCAAGCGGGCAGAGAACCCAGCUCCGCCGAAAACUGUGUCCUUGAGAAGGAUUUCAAUGCUGAGCAGUACCUAGAGGCCGAGGUUAUCUCCCACAACAUCGAGAGGUGCCUGGGCUCUGGUGGGCACCCCCAGAAAGCGGCCCAUAUCAUGUGGCUUCAAGACUCCAGCAUACAGACUGUGGAUCUAAACAUCAAGGUGACGUGCAGUGACCAAGCACCGGUCAAUGAACUGCCAAUGCUACUGAUACUUAAAAGCCAUGGCGGUCUGUUGUGGAAUAUGAAUCAGAUGCCGCAGUUGGGCGGCCUCUUGGUCUCUGGCAGAUACCGCAUUCAGAUCGUGAAAUAUGAAUCCAGCGUUAGCACUGCUCUCCCAGACACCAAGGAAGGCCUGAUCCAGGCGGCCCGCAACCAUUCUGCGUUCAUUGCUUCGUACACAGAAAUUCCAUCUGCCAAAAGCAUCACCCUUGAGUUGGUCAGGAUCUGUGGGCAGAAAACCGUGACGACGGUAAAGCCGCAACAGCAAGGAAACGGCAUGACUGAGAUCAUCAAAAGCCUGAUUGACAAGUGCCAGCCCUGGCGAUGCAGGGACAGCAGCAUCGAGAUCGCGCUGCCCAAGAAAGAGUUGCAUAUUUUAUCGAAUUUAGUCACGGAAGUCACACUGCAGGACCCCAACUGCAGAGCAACAGACAACGUCACACAUUUUGUCCUGGAAAGUGUCUUGGAAACGUGCUUCACCCGCGUGGAAGGCGGCGUCUUCGCAAACAACGAGCUGGUCAUCCACAUCACUCAAAAUUCCCAUCCGGACGUUGUCACGGUGCCGUUUAAAUGCGAUCUGCCAGAGAAAAUCUCUCUCCAACUUUAUCACACCCCAGACUUCAAAUCGCCAUCCACCACAGUAGAAGUCAACAAAGUCACCUACGUCCAGGUGUCAGCCCGGACGGCCGACCGAAACGCUUUUCUGAAAAUGGGCGACUGUUUUCUCGAGACCCCGGACGAAGUGUCCCAGCAACGGCUGGUUCGCAGUGACAUCCCAUGGGGUUAUUCCGUGGAGUCCAAGAAUUCUUCCAGCCCGACGGUCCAGCGCUUUAGUUUCAUCUACAAGGCCAAGGAACAAUGGGCCAGCUCUCCUGCCACCAUCGUCUGCCAGGUGUCUCUGAACAGCCAGCUUCACCCUCGCAAUUCCGAAGCGUCUUUAGAAGUGACCCUGACGAACGGUAACGCUUCAACCCCAAAUCAAGGCCUCAGCAUUGGCAGUGUGCUAGGAAUAACGUUUGGCGCUUUUUUAAUUGGCGUCCUGCUCACCGCUGCUUUAUGGUACAUCUACUCUCAAACCCGUCCGAUGGCCAAAAUGCAACCCGUCUCGGCAAACCUGCCAGCUUCGGAGAGCAGCAGCACGAACCACAGCAUUGGUAGCACGCAGAGCACACCAUGUUCCACCAGCAGCAUGGCAUAGCGGCUCCCUCGAAGGACCCUCCGUGGACCACCUCCUCGUGGAGCGUGUCAGAACUAUGGACAAUCAGAACUCCUCCGGGACCGGGCACAGGAAAGUCCUUAAUAUAAGAGGUUUUGCUUUUGUUUAGAAAAAGAAAAAGAAAAAGAGGUCGCGCAGUUUUUUUUCUGAGAUCCCGAUCCUCGGAGGAGUGACCAUAUUCCAGCCAGCACUUUAAAGGCAACUUCCUGAAAUGGCAUCAAGAUCUCCAGAGAACGAUCCUAUCAGCUACUUCGUGGUCACUGUCAGGGCGUGUCGACCCCAGCUUCUUCCUGCAGUGUAGACACGGCCAGCAAGGUUGCAAGCAUAACCCUGGAGCGGUGGGUUGGUGUCUAGCCAGGACCGGAAAGCAACGGGUAGACUGAGGCAGUCUGCCUCUGCGGUUUUAGAGUCGUUCAUUUGUUUGCACGCCAUCUUGGGGGCUGAAAUUUGGGCAAGCCUCUCCCCUUGUUGCUGUGAAGCCUGGGUGGGCACAAGCAGUUUCCAAAAGUGAGAAACCAGGUUUCGAAUAGGCUUCAGGGAACUCUAAGCUUGGCCUGUGCUGCCACUGCCUAGACACCAGCCUUCUCCAGGUUGGAGAGGGCCUGUCUACACUACACUUUCAGCCAGGCUAGAAAUAUCAGCCCUAUCCACGCGCGCUGCCGGAGUUUGCUUCCUGCUUUUAUUGCAGCAUUUCCCGCCGCUGAAGAAACAAGCCACUGCGUGCUUUGCUAAAGAGGCUAGCUGCUUUGUAAAGGCCACAGUGGCUUGUUUCUUUAGCGGGGGAAACCAGAAGGACAAGGAGCAGACGUGCAGGACCCUGAGCUCUUGGCUCCCCCCUCCCCGCAAACCACUGGAAAUCUUACUCAACUCCUGAGGUUUCCGAAAGUAUUCCUGUCCACAAAUAUCUUUGUAACCAUGAGGAACAGCAACUUAACUUUAAUAAAAGGAAGUGCAAUGCCACAUCCUGUAUUCCACACCCCUGGCUGUAAGCUAGACCCGUCUUCCCCAAGUUGGCGCCUUCCAGAUGUGUUGGACUGUAGCAUGGACGGGAAAGAUGGGGGUUUCAGUCCAGCACAUCUGGAGGCACCAGACUGGAGAAGGUCCGACUACACUACACUUUUGGCCAGGCCGGAAAUCUCCACCCUAUCCAUGAACUCCUGCGGUGCGCAGAUAAAAAACUGGAUAUCCCGCCUAGAAUGAUUCACCCUCAGGAGAAAAAGCAUGAAAAUGCACGUCCCGACCACCUUUUCGUCAGGGUUGCGGUAUGGGUGUUUAAAUUUGAGUUGGGAGGGGAAGUUGCCAUUUCAGGCGCGCUUCCCUUUCAAAUGUGGAGGUUAGCUCUUCUAGCCUUUGAAACGCCACAACUCUCCCACCUGGCUGAGCUGCUCUCAUCAUGUUCACAUCAAUUCCGUCAGCCUUAUACUUGCCGUUCUGAAGUUCACAACUGCGCAACUGAAAGUGGCUGGCCUCCCUGAAGCCUUUAUUGGGCCUGUUCAGACGACAGGCUAAGCCAUGGUUAGGCUGCUAACCCUUCUGCAGCAAAGGGUUAGUGAGUGUGUUUAAACCACGGUUAUGAGGCCACCAUGGUUAGGAAAGGUUCACCCAACACGCCAAGCCAUGUCUAGCUCCAAAUGCUUCACCACCAUGGCUUAGCGUGUCGUCUGAACAGGAGCGAAGAGCGCACAUAAAAAUCACCCUCCCAAAUUCAGUCCAUUUCCUUGAAGCGUCUCCUCGUUCUUCCGCUUGAACACAACCGGGUUUGCCGCACGCUCGCACGCGCCACACACACAGCCCAGGAAAUAGCGCAGCGCUACGCAGCACCCAACCCGGCCGCCGUUCCGAUAGCAAGGUGCGCAUAGCCAGGUAAUUCUUCCACCUGGCUUCGAUUGUGUGACAUUGAACGGCAGCCCCCAGAAACGCAGCGUAAGGGCGUCCCAGAAAGUUGAUGGACAAGGAGAGCACGUAACUUUGCCCGAACACCUCCUGGGAAAAGAUGGUGGAAAUACCUUUGGACAGGGUGAGAGAGGCUGGGAGGCGGUGCUUUGCUACAAAACUCCCCGCACAACCAAGCACAGGGAGUUGGGGCCGUUUCUGUUUUGAAAUACUUAUUACUGUACCUAUAUAAAUAGUUAUACAUAGAAUAUAUUUUGUAUCUGGACAUACAGGGAAACAACGCUGCGUCUACUCACCUUGGUCGGUAUGUUUUCUUAUGCUCGGGGUGAGACAAGGUGGGAGGAAAAGGACGGAUAAAUUCUGUAAGAUGUGCUACACAAGUUGUGCGCAUGCUUGACCCUGGGCAGGCCAGAAAUGGUGGGGGGGGGGGGUCGGUUUAUAAAUUCAGGAAGCAAAAUCAAGCACUGUUGGGGAGAGGAGAUGGUGGGAGAAGCUAAAAUGUGAGGAAAACGUCCAACAGUUUCAGCUGCACCAUCGUGCAAAAGAAUCCUAAACUAAGAACAUCAGAAGAGUCCUGUUGGAUCAGACCAAGGGUCCAUCUAGUCCAGCACUCUGUUCACACAGUGGCCAACCAGCCAUCGGCCAGGGAUGAACAAGCAGGACAUGGUGCAGCAGCACCCUCCCACCCAUGUUCCCCAGCAACUGGUGCACACAGGCUUACUGCCUUGAAUACUGGAGAAGAUAGUACACAACCAUCAGGGCUAGCAGCCCUUGAUAGCAUUCUCCUCCAUGAAUUUAUCCAACCAUAUUUAUAGCCAUCCAAAUUGGUAGCCAUCACUACAUCUUGUGGUAGUGAGUUCCAUAAUUGAACUAUGCGCUGUGUGAAGGACUUCC